AUGGAAAAUAUUGAUUUUUCAAAGUUUGAUUGGAACUUGAUCAAAAAUGAAAUAUAUGAAUAGUGGAAGGACCUCUAAGAGACUGACUUUGAGGUUAAAAGAUUGAGUGGACUUUCAAACUACGUUUACUCAAUUUCUGUCCCUAAGCUAGCAGAUAUCACUAAACCAAUAGUUUAUAAAAUUUUCACUAAUUAUUUUAUAACAAUGUAAGAUAGAGAAAGAGAAAAGAAAGUAGCAAAGAUGUUAGAAUCUUAGAAAUAUGGUCCAAAAGUAUACUAUGCUGAUAACAAAAUUAGAGUCGAAGAGUUCUGGCCAUUUGAUCACGUUUAGGUAGAGGAAAUGACUCAACCACAAAAAAUGAAUUAAAUAGCACAUUUAUUUGCUUUUUUCCACUCAAAUAAAAUUUUAAAAGAAGAAGAGGCAUCAGCGAAAUUUGUCAAUCAUUUAUAAAGAAAGUAAGUUCUUGAAGCAGUUUAGAAUUCUAUUUAAAAUAGCGAUUUACAGUUGCAAGAAUAGAAAGAAGAGUUGUUGAAAAUGGUUGAUUUUAUCUUUUCCACACAAAUGAUUGAUUAUAUUUUGCAGUCAAUGGAUAAAGCAAAAACACCUUUAGUUUUCUGCCACAACGAUACAAACUCAACAAAUUUAUUGUUUGAUAAUGAAAAUAAAAGAAUUUAUUUCCUCGAUUAUGAAUAUGCUGGCUACAACUACAGAGCUUUUGAAUUUGGAAACUUUUUUAAUGAAUAGCUUUGGGACUAUGAAGUCAAAGAACCUCCCUUCUUCGCUCUCAAAAAAGAGCUCUAUCCUUCAGAUUCAUAAAGAUACAGCUUUUUUGCCAACUACAUAAUAGCAACCAUAUUAUAAAAAAGGUAAAGUGAAGAGAGAUUUAAUCUAAGCAAAUAUUCUGAUCUUAGUCUCUAAGAUCUCUACCAAACAAUCCUGUAAUUAAAAGAUGAGAAGUUCUAAUCCAACGAAGAUAUCAUUAAUGAAAUUAAGCAAUAUGAUAACGAAGCAAAUGCUGGAAAAUUACUUUCACAUAUUUGUUGGUUCUUGGUUGCUGCCUUAACUUUCUCAUAUAAAGACCUUCACUUUGAUUGCUACAGUUAUUGUAAAUUACGCUUCAACGAAAUCAAAUAAAUUGUAGGAGAUUUCUCAAAUUGA